AUGGACGACGAAGCUCCUACCGCUGGCCAGGUGGUUAGUCUCGUCGUAAUCUGCUUCCUCCUCGCACCGCGCCUCUUGCGGCUUAUCGGGACUCUGAUUGGAGACAUCGCAAGAUCCUCCAUCCGGGGCCGCGUGCCACCCGUACACAGAGUAACUCAUACCCCCCGGGACUGUUCUGUCAUCGUUCCGAUCACGAACCCAGACAGCACAGACCUCGAGUGUUGUCUCCGUUCCAUCUUGAAAAACAAUCCCUUGUAUCUUUAUAUCGUCACUGUCGGCAUUGAAGAUCGGGAUCGCCUGGAAAGACGCCUAAACCAUCUGCGCAAAGAGUUUCCCCUGAUACAUAUCACCGUCGGCGCUGUCAAAAGACGCAGCAAGCGUCGUCAGAUCGCACACGCCAUAAAGAGCGUCACUACCCAGAUCACCGUAAUCGUGGACGACAAUGUGAUUUGGCCACCCGGGUUUCUAGGAGGGGCAUUGGGUCCUUUUGAGCAUCCCGUGUUGAACUGCAUCACGGUACCCAAGUGUGUGCGAGCACCUCUCUGCGACUCCUUCUCGACCAGUUGCUGGAAACGGUUGGCCAACUUUCAGUAUGCUUACUUGCAUCUCCAGAAUCGAGUCGCAACCGCAUACGAUUUCUCGGCAAUCCCUUUAGGGUCGACUGUGCUGUAUCGCACUUACGCUCUCGAUCAGGUUUUGGAUGAGUAUGAGACGGAGCACUGCUACUUUGGAAGAAUCGGCGCACUCACGGCAGAUGAGCACAGCUUCUAUAACCUAUACCUUCUUCAGCAUGACGACCGCUUCAACGUCCCUUUUACCCCUGGAACGUCCAUCGAGGUCUGCAUCUACUCCUUUUCUGACUUCAUCGCCGAUUGCGAACGUCAUAUCAGAAGUACAUGGCGUAUCAGCGCCAACAUGCUCACCUCCCAACAGUGCCUCCGCUAUCCAUGGGGUCUCUAUGCAACAUGGCUCUCUGAGCUUGCUUCGUUCACGCUGAUCUGGGAUGCCAUCAUUAUUUCCUUGUUUUUUUGUUUGUUUGGCAUGAAGUUGGUGGAGGCCAUCAUGACCAUGAUCCACAUGGACUUUAGAUACUGCGACUUCUUGGGUAUCCUUCCUCUCCUUAUCGUCCUCAUUCCAUGCCAUUACAUCUACACCAUCCUCAAGAUCAAGGCUCUCCUCACCUACCAACACAUCGAGCAUGCCGAAUACAAAAAGCUUGACAGGGAGCGGGACAAGUCGAACGAACCAACUUGGCUUAUUGGUGGUGACUCUGUGCUCAGGGGGCCCCCGAAACGCCAGUAUCGUGGACUGAAGAAUGCUAGUUUUAUUAAAAAGCAGAAGACUGUUAGACAAGUGUGA